AUGGCAGAUGUACUGGAUGUGGCCGUUGCUGCAGCAACUGUUGUUGGAAAGCUGGGGCCCAGGCCUGAAGGAGUGGACGGCCCGAUGCUGCCAGCGAGGCAGCUGCUCAUGGCUUUUGGAAGCGACCACGUCCCAAAGGUGGAGCCGUGUGGAGAUGAGGCCGCGCCAUGGCCGUUGGGAGGCACCUACAACACCACCUCCUUGGCGACUUUGGCUCGGCUACGGUCUUUGGGGGCGCUGGCGCGCCUGGGUGGCACGCUGGGAGGUGGUGUGGAGUGGCUUGAAGCGUUACGCCAGAGAACCUUGGAGGUGCUCCAGAGUGUGGCCCCCAAGCUGCCAAUCCCCGCAGAUACCGAGGCGCUCGUCGGGGAUGUGACCCGAGAUCCCCUGAGCGCUUUGCUAGUCGACCUUUGUAUCGCGUGCCGAGAGCCGUUUGAGACGGAUGAGCUGGGGCAAGCCCUGGCUUUGUGCGGUUCUUGGCCAACUGCCCACGCUUUGUUCAGGCAUGGCGGACUGGAUUUCGAAGAGGCGGAAGAAGCUGUGGUGCGCCCACCGGAGCCAGGUUUGAAGGGCGAGAUCAGACAGCCGAAGGAGUAUGCGGAGGUCGUGGGAGUCUUGGCCGAGCGCGCGCUUUGGCGACAAAGCUGCGCCCUUCUCCUGGAGAUGCGCUUUAGAUCCAUGACCCCUUUCCCGUCCACUUUUGCAUCAGCAGCUGUGGCUUGUUACAAGGCUGCCCAAAACCAGGAGGCAGCCGUGAUCAUGGAUAAAUUGUGGUCUGCUUCUGGAAGAAGGAUCGAUGUGAUGGACUGUGGCAAUGUCGUGGUGCGCUUUGCGAAUGCUGGACUUUGGCAAGGAGCCCUAACCUUUUUGGAGGAGAUGCAAGAUCACCGUGUCCUUCCCGAUGCCUACGCCUACAACAACGUCAUGGUCGCGAGCCGGCGGAAAAACGACUUCUCUGUGGCACCACUGCUCCUUCGGAGCAUGCAGGAGAAGGAGGUCCAGGCGGAUGCUUGGUCUUACAGCCAGGCGAUGGAUGCCAGCAACGCCGUGGGAAGUUGGGAAGCCUCCCUGGAGUACCUGCGGCAGCUUCAGGCGGCUGAAGUGGAGCCCAAUUCGGUGAUCCUCACCACGGCCAUCACGGCAUGUCAGCUUGGGGACGUCUCGCCCAAGAAGGCAGUGCAGCUGCUGCGGGAAGCACAGGCGUCCGGCAACUGCGACGUGCAGGCCUAUACUGCUGCCAUCAAUGCAUGUGGCAAAGCGGGUCUCUGGAGCUGGGCAUUGUCACUCUUGGAGGAAAUGCCUGAGGCUGCUUGUCAGCCCAAUCUCUUCACCUACAAUGCAGCUAUCGGUGCAUGCCAGGUGGCGCAGGAAUGGGAGAUGGCACUGGCAGUCUUCUCCUCAAUGCGCCGUAAGGGAACACGUCCCGACACCUCCAGCUACAAUCUGCUGUUGAGCAGCUGCGCACGCUGCCGUGAGCAAGCGCAGGUAGAGCGGCUGGUUCAGCGGAUGUACAAGCAGAGGCUUGCGCCUGAUGAGGUGACCUUCAACUGCCUCUCAUCGCUGAUCAUGGACCGACGAGAUCGCGAAAAUUUCUUGGAGGAACUGAAGGCCAAUGGAUUGCGACCGGGUGUGCGGACCUACAACCCGAUGAUCAGCGCAUGCGCUGAGAGUCAAGGUUGGGAAGAGGCGUUGACCAUCCUGGCAGACAUGGCGGCGAACGAGGUGGCGCCUGACAUCAAGAGCCACAAUCGGCUCUUGGACGUUUGCGCUUCGACGGCCUCCUGGGUCGUUGUGCUCAAUGUGUUCGAGGCGCUCAGGUCUGCGUUGCCACCCAACGCGGCCACUGUGAACACCUGCUUGGGGGCCUGUGCUUCAGCCAACCGCUGGUUGGAAGCGAUUGGCCUUCUAGAGCUGAUGGAGACCGAGGGCCCUUCGCCCGAUGUGAUCUCUUAUAACACCGUGAUACAUGCGUGUCGUCAUUUAGGUGUUGAUUUAGCUGCGGGUGUGCUCAGCCGGAUGGAAAAGAUGGGUAUCCAGCCUGAUGUGAUUACCUUCAACACAGUGUUGAGCUCCAGUGCUGCAAACUGGGAAUGGGUCCUGGCCUUGCUGUCCAACAUGGAACAGCGUGACUUCACCAACGCCCGCUCCUAUAGCAUUGCACUUCAUGCCUUGGUGCAGGAGAAUCAGCUGCAUGCGGCGCUUCAUUUGUUUAAGCACGUGCAAGUGAAAGGGAUUACCUUGACGGAAGGUGCCUACAAUUUUUUGAUUUUGGCAGUGCUGAGAGUGGGCUGGAGCCAAUGGGCUGAACACCUGAUCCAGAAGGCCAUUGAGGAAAAGGUCUUCACCAAGGCGCAAGAGAAGUUGGUCGACCUCCACAACAUGUCGGGUCCAGUGGCCAGGUUCUUUUUCCUGCUCGCCUUAAGAGACAGAGCUUUACGACCCUCUCGAAAUUCCUUAAGAGUCGUCUUUGGCCUUGGGAGGCACAACGUGAAGACUCCACUGGUGGUGAAGCCAGAAGUGCUCUCCCUUUGCGAAAAGCUGGAGCUCUCGGUGAGGCCGCCAGCUGAAGAUGAGGGUUCUGUGCAGGUGCAAGCCAGGAGCUUCACCCCGCGCUUGAACGCGGAGCUGCAGAAGCUACUCUCAGAGCCUGAACUGAAACGUCACUUUGGGAGCCUUCCUUCCACCUUGGAGGACGAACUCUUUCAGACUGCCGAGCUGGCACUUGUGGGCUCGUCUCGAGCGUUCUAG